AUGCACGCCUCGUUCAAAGCCCUCGCCCUUCUCGCAGCCGUCGCUUCAGCGUCCGCCGCGAAGUUCAACCUCAAGGCGCACGUCGCGUCCGGCGACGACCUCUCGCCGCCAAUCGAGGGCCAGCUGCUCGCCGUCGACCCCGCGACCGGCUUUGCAUACCUCACGCAACCCAGCGGAGGCGCGGCCUUCACGGACGACGACAACACCAUCAACACCGACGCCACUGGCUCUCUCACUCACAUCCAAAUCACGCCCGGUGGCAACGACACCAUGCCUGACACGAACGUCGUCAGCUUCUCAGCGGACGCUGGGACGUCGGCUGUCGAUAUCGAGUUCGGUGCACUUCAGUACGCGAACGGCGCGUUCUCGGCUUGUCCCGCGAGCGUUCUUCAGCAGGACGGGGACAAGAUCCUUAUCAACUACGCGAAGUCGUCUCAACGCUCGCUCAAGAGCUGCGCGAGCCUUCUGCUCUUCCAGGCGUAG